CUGCGCCAGUGGGUCGACCAGGCCGCCUCCGACGCGGGUUUCGACCUGGUCGCCGUCGCAUCCGCCGAGGUGUUUGCCGCCGAACGUGAAGAGGCGCUGGGCCGCAUCGACGCCGGACUCAUGGACGGCCUGCCCUGGUUCAACGCCCAGCGCGUUCAGCGCGGCACGGACCCGGAAACCCUGCUGCCCGGCGCCAAGUCCAUCAUCUCCCUGGGAUGGAACUACUGCCCGCCCGCAGACUCUCCCACGCCGGAUGACCAGGGUGUCAUCGCACGGUACGCCCGCGGCCGCGACUACCAUCGCGUCAUGAAACGGCGCAUGCGUCGCAUGGUGCUGGACCUGACCGAGCGGUUGGGCGACCGAUUCGGCGCGCGCUGGCACGUGGACGACGGACCGAUGCUGGACCGCGCCGCCGCCGCCCGCGCCGGCCUCGGCUGGUUUGGCAAGAACGGCAACAUCCUCAAUCCCACCUACGGCUCGUGGCUUCUCCUGGGGCAGAUAGUCACCGACCUCGCGUUGGAACCCGACCGGCCUCUCGCCAAGAGCUGCGGCCAGUGCUCCCGCUGUAUGCCGGCCUGCCCCACCGACGCCAUCGUAGCGCCCUACGUCGUCGACAAUCGCCGCUGCAUCAGCUACCUGACCAUCGAGCACCGGGGCGCCAUACCCACCGAACUCCGCGCGUCAAUGGGCAACUGGGUCUUCGGGUGCGACAUCUGCCAGGAAGUGUGCCCGGUCAACCGCAAGGCGAAAUCCACCCAGGACGCCAACUUCGGGCGCACCGACCUUACAUCCGUCGACCUGGUCGAGCUCCUCGGCAUGAGCGAUGACCAGUUCCGGGAGCGCUUCGCGGGUUCGCCCAUCAUGCGGGCCAAGCGGGUGGGCAUGCAGCGCAACGCCUGCGUUGCCCUCGGCAAUUCCGGCGAUGCUGCCGCCGUCCCAGCUUUGACCCGCGCUCUCCGGUCCGCUCCCCCACUGGUCCGACAACACGCCGCGUGGGCCCUGGGCCACAUCGGAGGCGAAGCCGCCCGGACUUCCCUGGACGACGCCCUGCCUGACGAAUCGGACCCCGAAGUGCUCUCAGAAAUCAGGCAAGCCCUGCGCCCUGGCGACGUCGCCUAUUCGCUAUCGUAA